AUGGCCAAGAGAGUUCCGACCACCGGGACACGUCAAACCGGCCGGCGACUCAGGUAUCACCAAAUCCCCAGCGGAUCUCCUCGAUUCCAGACAUCAAAGAGUAUCGAGACGACUGGACGACCUACUCCCAGUCGUUCGAACGGCAACAAGAAAACGAAGAAACCUAGCAAUGCAACGCCGUCUUCUGAAGAUAAACUAACUUCGCCUCCCGUCCCGGCACCCAGCUUCCUUCGAAGAUCUUCUAGAUUGGAUUCAGGAGAGGCGAAGAAGAGCGAGAGUGAUCCCGGCUCAAGUGGAAGAUUCACGAAAGAAAUUGCUCCUGAUGGGAGGAAGAUUAGGGGUUCGAGGUCGGUCGAGGCGCCUCAGAAUCUGAGGAGGUCCUCGAGGUUGGCAUCCAUUGCGGUCAGGCACAUGAACGCGGGCGGAAUUCUUGGUUUGGUAGAGACGCCUCCGAAGGUGAAGAGGUCAUUGAGGUUGCAAUCCAUUGCGGUUAGGCAUGUGAAUGCGGAUGGAGUUCUUGGUUCGCUAGAGACGCCUCAGAAGCUGAGGAGGUCCUCGAGGUUGGCAUCCAGUGCGGUUACGCAUGUGACCACGGACGGAGUUCUUGGUUUGGUUGGUGAAGGGAAGGUGGAGGAUGUUGCGGAGAGGAAAGGAAAGCGGGACAAGAGAAGGAAAGUUGAAAUCUUGGUCGAGGAGAGGAAAGAGGUUGCAGGAGGAGAUGGCCAGGUCUAUCAUGAUUGUGCUGCGAAGGAUUGGACGGAAGAGCAAGAGAGAGCAUUGCAGAGGGCUUACUUGUUGGCGAGGCCUACACCACAUUUCUGGAAGAAGGUUUCCAAAAUGGUAUUUUCCUCUGAAUUAUUCUUCUUUGCUGUUCACUUUCCUGUUUGUGCUCUAGUUGCUUGA